GGUGAUGUCUACUGCAGUCAGUACAUGAAGUAUGCUCUGACUGCCAGCAAGGUCUAAUAACCAGGAGAAGGGCAGCCAGCUUCAUUAGUGAGAGUGAGACUGAGAGCAUACCGGCUGCUUUUCUGGGGAACUGUGCUUUUUUGAAUACCGAGAGGGAAUAAUGGAUAAUACUGUUGAUGGUUUGGACAAGGCUUCAAUUGCUAACUCAGAAGGACCAGCCCCAGGAUCCCAAACUCCCCCCUUCAAGAGGAAGGGCAAACUCUCCAACAUUGGCAAAAUCUUUAAACCUUGGAAAUGGCGGAAGAAGAAGACAAGUGACAAAUUCAGGGAAACAUCAGCAGUGUUGGAAAGGAAGAUUUCGACAAGACAAAGCAGAGAGGAGCUGAUAAGAAGGGGAGUGCUGAAGGAAAUGCCUGAGCAAGAUGGUGAUGUAACAGUAAAUUUUGAAACUUCAAAUGGACACACUAUAGCCAUUGGUGAAGAAACCAUACAGGAAGAAAAUGUGGUAAAAGCUGGUGGAAAUAAUGGUACUUUAUCAGAGAAAACAACAUCAUUGGAAGGAAAAAAAGAAGAUCAAAAAGAGAGCACUACUGGUCACUGCCCAGAAAUACCAACAUCCCAUGCUCCACCACUACCCAAGCCUAAGCCUAAAUCUAAAAAAGCUCUACUGCCACCAAAAAAUGCCAUUGCUGCUUCCACAACCACCAGCCAUAAGGGUAAUGAAGCACCUCAUGCUAAAAAAAAGGGAAAGGGUCCUGCUAAGCAGCCUCCUCUCCCGCCGCCCAAGCCAACAGGUCACAGGGCAAAUCAAGAAGCUGCUGGUUCCUCUCAUGCAAAAAAACCACCAGACUCCAAGUCUUCUUCAUCACCAUCUCCUUUGUCCGCAUCGUCUCACCCCAAAGCCUCUAAGGAGACUUCCAGCAAAUUGGGCACAUCAGGGACUCCCCGGGGCAAGAAAAAACCCGGGAAACAGUCGACCCCACGAACAGCACCAGAUGGGGCUACUUCUUCCCCCUCAGGUGCCACAGCCAACAGUUUGGAAGUGAAGACAGAAAAACCCAAGGCUGAGCAACCUUCCAUAGUAACUUUUGAAAUGGAGGACACAGACCAAUCGAGCAAGCUUGUUGUGCCCCCUCCUCCCACUGCUGCCCCUCCUCCACCUCCACUUCCACCUCCUUUCCCUGCUGCAGCUGGUCAACCUGCUGUCUCCUCAGAUGCCCAGGAUGUGUCAGACAGCUGUGUGGCAGGGCCAUGCAGCCCUGGAUCAGAUACUAAAGCUCUUCUCCAGACUGAGCAUGGCAUAGAUGAGAGUCUGAGCAGUACGGCCCUAGGCAGAGGUCCAGAUGCUAGUGGAGAAGACACAGAAAGCUUGGCUAUGAAAGGAGACCAAGAAGUGGAGGCUCCAGACCAGGCACACUCUGAACCAGUGGAGGAGGCUGCUGACACUGGUGCCCCUCAUGAGAGUGAAAGUAGCAGAGAGAGCCAUGGCAGUGACUCAGAUUCAGACGGGCCGAUACUGUACACAGAUGAUGAUGAUGAUGACGAUGAUGAGAAUGCAAGUGCUGAAAGCUCUUUGGCAAGUAAAAUCCGUCGUAGGGAUACUCUUGCUAUCAAACUUGGCAACAGACCAUCUAAGAAAGAAUUAGAGGACAAAAACAUCUUGCAGCGUACAUCUGAAGAGGAAAGGCAGGAGAUCAGACAUCAGAUUGGAACGAAGCUAGUGAGGAGACUUAGCCAGAGGCCUACAACUGAAGAGCUAGAGCAAAGAAAUAUCCUGAAGCAGAAGAAUGAAGAAGAAGAACAGGAAGCCAAAAGAGAAAUAAAACGUAGACUCAGUAGAAAGCUCAGUCUGAGGCCUACAGUGGCUGAACUUCAAGCAAGAAGAAUCCUUCGAUUUAACGAGUAUGUGGAAGUCACGGAUUCUCCAGAUUAUGACCGUCGUGCUGACAAGCCUUGGGCCAGGUUAACUCCUGCAGACAAGGCAGCAAUACGGAAAGAGCUGAAUGAAUUUAAAAGCACAGAAAUGGAAGUACACGAGGAAAGUCGGCAAUUUACCAGGUUUCAUCGUCCAUAACAGUUUGACCACAUCCCAUAUUUCAUGUAACAAUUUUCUUUUGGGAAAUCAUUGCAUCCUGAAGACCUGAGAUUGCACUGGAACUUAAGUAUGAGUGUGUGCUACAGUUUACCCUCACGUUAAUGAAGAAAGUGGCCCUCAUCUUUAUCAAUGGACAAAUGAUUUGUCGAGGAGGAGAACUCACGUGAAGCAUUUGUCCAUGUUCAGCCAGACCACAGUCUGUGGCUACCCCACACAGACAAGUUGGUGGACUUCUUCAUCAGAGUCAGGAAGUGCUGAAGACAAUCGCUUGAGAGCCUGCUACCAGGAACUCAUCAGAUUUCAUAGGGUUGUGACUGAGGGUAACUACGAGGGAGGGGGUGUGUGAAAAGGACUGAGAGCUGGGGGAAGAGAGUCUUCGCUUGUCAGUCCACAGAGAAAAGUGGAAUGGAUGGAACUGCCUAAUGAUGCACAGUGGGAAGAAUUAUUUAAAGGAAAAAAAAAAAGAGUGUGUGAGCAACUGUGCAUGUUUUUUUGGUUUUUUUUAGUGGCUGCAGCCUGUCUUAAAAAGACAGCAAACCAUAAGACCUCAUGUUAUCAGUACUUUAGUGAAGAACUGUCAUUUUCUUUGGUGCCAGUAAAUACAGUUGCCAGAAAUUAGUCCUAGUAUAACUCAUCUGUCUUUUUUAAAAUCCCAAUGUGCAUGCUUCAGGAAAAUACAUUGAACAAGCCACAUAUUUUUUGUUUUUUAAUGUUAACAUACUCUGGAUCCUCAGAAAGACAUAAAGAGGAUUUGAAGUUUGAUAACGUUCAAUGAAAUGCUUCAUGUUUAGAAACACUCUCUGCUGUCACUUGCCAUUCAAACCAGAGGGAUCAUUAUCUUUCUCAUCAUGGCAGGCAGUGGUGACCUCGACAUCAUGCCAGCAUGAAUCCAAAAGCAGAAUAAAAUUAGGCACAGAAGUCUUUGCUAGUAUGCUUGAGGAGUGAUUACUAAUGUGACUUUUUCCAUUUAAGGACUCUUGCAUUGCUUUGAGGAAGAACUCCCAGAUGAUCAGUAUGUCUUCAGCCAGUGGUCCUGUAAAAGUGAAGGAAAAUCCUUGGAGUGUCUGCAGCCUGCUUUUGUUCAGUGUGAAGAAUGCUUCUUAGAUUUGUAAUUUUUUAUACUAUCUUGAAAUAGUAUAUGUGAAUACAGUACUAUUAAAAUUAAGUGGUAUGGAGUGUGAAAGGCAAUACAUGAUUUUUCUAAGUUGGCCCAAAGGCCCAUUAAAAAGCCCGUGGCAUUGUUUACACUAAGAAAUUUUCUGUCUUAUAUUAGCACUUAUUUAUCCUUUGAUUAACGUACACAACAUUUGGGGGGUGGGUCUGGAAUUCACAUAUGCAUACUUUUAAUGCAGUAUUACAGUAUAUUUGCUAUUUAUCCUUUCUAAUGUGUGUACAUAUUACAAUUUAUUUUUGUCUUUUAUGUGCCCUGUUCAGUUUUUAAUUAUGAAGUGUAAGUAUUUCCUUUUCUGGCAAUAAAAGAUCUGUGUAGAUGUGAUUUUUACCUCAGUAAAUCUGCAAUAGAUUCUUGUGGAAUGUUUUUAGUUUAUAAAAUUGAAGGUUGUUGUUUCAGAUGUCAGCCUAAAGGCAGAAAGGCGAUUUGGUGGCUAAAAUUAGAUAUCCCUCUUCAGUGCUAUUUACAACAAGACCAGGUUUGCAUAAAUGGGGUGGAUUAUUUUAGCAAAGAGCACUUCUAAUAACAGGAGAGUGUGUUCCAACAGCCGUCACUCUAUUAUUUUUAAAGAGAUUGGUAAACCAUUUUUAAAGAAGAUUUUUAUGACGUUAGGAUCCCUUACAUUUUAGUAAAAAAUCUAAUGAGGUACAAGGCCCAAAAUAUCAAUAACCAAAUAAAAUAACCAUCUACAUGCUUGUAGCAAAGAAAAGCAAGCAGCACCUUCCUUUUUUAAUGGAAUCAAUAAGAGCCAUUAGGAUUCCAUUUGCAGAAAACAGUUUAGCUUCUGGGAGGCCCAUCAUUUUAAAAAUAUAGAAACACUACUUUGACAUCAAGGAAGCAGUGAAAAUGUAUUCUUUGGCACUAAAUCAUGCAGGAAUUAUCAAGCCAUUAGAGUUAAGGUUUGUCAGCAAUUCUGGUACAAUGCUAAUUUUUAUUUUUAGAAUUUGAUGAGUAAACUUAAAACUUACACUGUAAUAGUUCUGCUUAAACUUUUUUUUUUUUGCUGAUGUUGCCAAAUUUAGAAAUGUGUGUCCAAAAUCAUAUAAAGGUCUACUAUGUUGACUUUGAAGUAUAAAACACAGUAUUUCACUUCAAAGGAAACAAGUGAAGCAAUUAAAUAGACCUCAGUGUUGCCUUAAUCCCAUCAAAACACUUGAAAGCAGCCAAGAUACUAAAUGCAGAAGGAUAACUGUUGCACAGGCAGAAUAACUUGAACAAAAGUAAUGUAAGACUAUAUAUACUUUAUAUAAGACAGUAGCUCCUCUCACAUGCCAGGGUACAUAUGGGUUACACAAGCAAAGUAAAACUUGUUCAACUCUUAGGAUGAAGUUAAAUACUUGACUUUGCAAGAACAUAUUCCUCUAUUCUAGGCCUGGAGCAUGGAUAGAAAGUUAUGUGCUGCCUUUUCAUUUUAAUAGUUAAAAUGCAAAGGUGAGGAUACCACUUCUGGCUUAGACUUCUUCAAGCUGCAAUAUGUCAUAAGAAAUGAGGAUACUUAGGUGAGGUAUCACUUAGGCUUUUCCUAUCCUCCUUCGGGGGUUGGAGGUUUUUUUAAAGUAUUCACUACAAGCCAUUGCUAGAGGCAGAACACCAGCCUCGAUGGAGAUGCUGAGUUAAUUUUUAAUUUCUUUUUAUUUUUAUGAUAAUCAGAUGCAUUCUUUGACCCACAAUUCAGCAAACUAAUUAAGCAAAUUUAUGUAAGUGGACAAAGGGAUUUGCCUUUAUUGAAACUUAUAUAAAAAUGUAGUAUGCUUGCAGAAUUAGAACUAUAAACUAUCCAUUUUGUAUUAUACCCACACACAGACAUAGAAUUGUAUAUACUAUUUUUAUAUUCUAAAGAUCAACUGGCAGAAAAACAACAGCUGGAAAGUGUUAUCCAUGCAAUAAAAAAUAAUGAGAAUUUGGUAUGUCACUAUGAGAAGUGAAGCAAGUUUGCUUUACCUUAUUGAGCUGCCUGAAGUCUGUUUCUGCUGCAUCUCCUAGCCCUCCGUAUCGAUGAUUUGAAAAGUCUUCAAGUUGCAUCAACAGCCCAUUGGAAAUAAUAUGCCAUAUACUUGUCUAUGGGGCCUCAUGCCUGUUAGAAGAUAAAAAUCAGGAUAAGUCCUGAGAAAUUAAUAAGUGAGUAAUCCUUGAGGAAAAAAUAAAAAUAUGCUGAAAAGGCAAAAUAAAAAUAACACUUUCCAUGCGACACAUAGUAUAGUCCAGCUGGUUAAUGGGGAGCAGUAUGUUAAUUUUUAUCAAACUGGACAAAUAAUUUAAAUAUCAUCCACAACAUAUGACCAACCUUACACGUAUUAUACCUGAUGUUCCACAGAGUCAUAUACGAACUCAGAUGUCUACAGCCAUACAAAGAGAAAAUUAGUAGCUUGAAGUAGUGGUUUCUGAAAUUACCUCAUAUAUCACAUUUAUCAGUAGAAUCAUGCAUCAUACCAUGUUGCUGUGGGUGCAAAAGAAUGGAUGCUUAAUCAAAUCCUAAUUUCUUCUUCACAGAAAAAAUGUAAAUGAUUCUACAAUGUCUCUUGUCUCUCUCCUUUCAGGUAAUACAUAUUAGUCUUUUUAGCUGAAAUACAGUCUACAUGAAUUUUCUCAAAUUGUAAUAUAUAUGUUGACUCAACAAGUACAAAAAAAAUUAAAUGCUAAUGAUUACUUAAGCUAAAUACCAUUUCAACUGGUGAUUUGAAACAUGUUAGGACCAGGAGCACCAUCUCUUCAAAAUCACUGAAAGUAUUCAGAGCCAUUUGUAGGUCUACAACACUGCAUUUAUCUGUUGAGUUUAUCAUUUACCUACAGUUGUCCAUGUCCCUUGCUGUGGUGGCCUUUCCUGACCUCUGAUGUGGUGUGGGGCAGGGCAUACCCACCACCUGCUCUGGCCACACUAAGUACCUCUUAGAGGAGCACCAUAGCCUCAGUGUUGAUAUGUAAAAACCUUAUCAGGUGACCACUUCUUAUUUUUUAACUUGAAAACAAAAUGAAAGCUGUGAAACAAAGGCAUUAAAGUAUCCCUGAUAUUAAGAAAUUAGACCAUUAGAUCACUCCUUCCAGGUGAGAUUAGUGCUUUGUUUCCUGCAGAAAUGCUUCAAACUCAGAGCUGUAACAAGUACUACUACAGCUACAUCAGAGAAUUUGUUUCAAAACAGCAGUCAAUUAACCUGACUAUAAAUUUAAUCUGAGCCCUAAUUUUGUAUCAUCAUAAAGUGGGAGGAAGAUCCAGCCAGCACAGACUAAAAAUGUCUAAUCUAGUCUGGCAGCCUGGGAAUCAGCUGAAAUCCCCUCAUCGGCUGCAGCCGGCAGGGGUUGGAGCCAGGGUAGGAAGAGCCACACUAUCACCUGGCUACCUAGCAGGACAGGUCUGUGUGAACACUGCUGGCAUACUAAGCAGGGACUAGAAUAUCCACCCAUGUUUUAAUGUCUGUUAAUCCUUUAAUGAUAAAGCAAACCAAGCUAAAAGCCUACGUUUGCAUGAAACUGUCAGGCACACCCAAACUGCAUCUUUUAAUGCUUUCACAUCAUCUCUUUUUGGUCAUUUCUUAAGGAGUUAAGACCUAUGCCACUGCUGCAAACUAAAAUAAAAACAUACUCAGGGUGAAAAAAAAGAAUAAACUUGCCUCCUGCCUUUACGGGCCACAUUUAGUUCCAUUAUUGUUUCUCUCCGUAUUCUUACUGUACAAAGCUCAGUGCAAUGCUCACUGCUGGGACCUAGAUUUUAAUAGAAAAAGUGAUUCUGAAAGCUUUUAUUAGCUUGAUGCAAAAAUAUUUUGAGGAUCAAAUUUUAAAAAAAAAGAAAAAAAGUAAAUUCUCCAGAAUAGCUUAAAGCUUCUAUUUAACAGAAAUCUGGGAAAAAAAAACAACACCAAAACUCAUGGAAGCAUAUGUAUAGAGAGAAAGGGAGAAAAGGAGUGAAAUGAACAUAUUUUGCUGUAAUAUUUCUAUUUAUUAACUUUAAUAAUUAAUAAUUUCUUGUUUCACUUUGUCAGUUCACACCUUGUUUCAGGUUUUUAAUGGCAAUAGAGCUCAUAUGAACUAGAUACAGCAUAUCACCAAUAUUUUCUAGGAGGUAAAUAUUGCAUUGGAUAGAACUGAAGAAAGUAAUGGUAUUCCCUGUAUCUCCUUGUUCAAUCAUUAAUUCUUUAUAUUAAAAAAGUCUUUCAAUACUGUGUCAAAUUCAACAAUAUUUGAACAUUGUUAUGAUAUAGUAAAAUGUUGCUGAACAAAUCUCUUCUUUCACUACUUUGUGUGGUGGUAUACCGAUUUGUAAACUUGCAUAAAUUUUGGAAUUAAAGAAA